AUUACAUUGAUGCAGGUCGUCAUAGCACAGUCUAACAUGUGCUCAUAGUCAUCUAUGAGUAGUAGUUGUUUUGUUUUUCACAUCACAAAAUUUAAAGUAUUUCUUGCCUGAGAAAAAUGCUGUACGCCUGCACACCAUGGAAGUUACCUGAAUUUGUUAACAUUACCGUAAUGUAGGAAAGAAAUCUCGAGAGUUAAAAUUCGAAGUAUGGAUCCCUCUUCUCCGACAGCGAAAUCUUUUUCGGACACUUCCGUUGAGCUACAAAAAAGGCAGAACUCGAAUUUAUCGGCUAAGGUUACGUGGUGCGAUGGAAGAAAAAUACAUUUUAUUCAUACAUUAAGGCAUGAUACGUUACAUUCAUCCUUCAUCACGUUGAUCCAGUAAGUAGGGGAUUUUCCAGCGCUGCAAUGGGUCUUGGGCCAAGUCUACAACUGAAACCCAUCGAGGACAGAUCUGAGCUUGCUUCCAGGUGCCCUGUCCGCGCAUGCAGAGAUGCGGAGACCUCGCGGUUCGCGUCGCUGCCCACAGACGCGGGAUGCGCCCUGUCCAACGGCCUUCUCACGGUGCACACGGCCGUCACAGCGGCCACCGGCAUGACGCAACUGAAGCAACUGCCCGCGCACUGGCUGCAAGUCACCGAGGACAUCAUGCGUCGUGUUCACGAGCAGCGCUCCGCCAUCGCCGUCGACUUGGCGCAUCGGCUGGAGGAGGCGCACCCAGAAUUCCGCUGCAAGGACGAGGCGCCUAACCGGGCGUUCCCACGUUACUGGAGCUGCGGCGUGCUGCUGGACAACUACCUCAGCCUGGCACUGGGCGAGAUGCCACCGCGGUUCCACCUCCAUAUCGACCACCUCAAGUUGCAGGAUAUAAGAGAAACUUUUGUAGACGUCGUGGCGAACCGCUUUCCAGAGGUUAUGGACAAAAAUAAAAAGUGCAUCUUGAAAAUCUUUCUGAAACUUGCCAAUGAUAUUCUGAACGCCAUUGAGAGGGGUGAGGAGAUAGGAAAGGACGACGUUACGGUAGAGGUAACUGAAGACGACCCAGAAUUUCCGCCUCCAGAUAAAAAGGUGUAUUGGUUUCCACCCCCAACAAUCGACAACCGGUGCGGCGGCCAAGCAGCUGGAAAAUGCCCACACAUGUUCUGCGAAUAUCGAUCCUGUCGACCCCACAUAUUUACUACGCAACCAAAGUAAAUCAGUUUCAUUGUAUAUACAAGGAAGCUUAAAGGUAAUAAAAAGUUGUAAUCACUGUA